GACUGUGGAAUAAAAGAAGAUGAACUGCAGGCUAUCCUCAAUUAUCUGCUCACGAUACAUGAGGAUGACAAUCUAAUGGAUGUCUUGCAGUUGCUUGUUGCUCUGAUGUCAGAGCAUCCCGGUUCUAUGAUCCCUGCUUUUGAUCAGAGGAAUGGAUUACAGGUUGUCUACAAGCUUUUAGCAUCAAAAAGUGAAGGCAUCAGGGUGCAAGCUCUGAAAGUGAUGGGAUAUUUCUUAAAGCAUCUUGCUCCAAAGAGAAAAGCUGAAGUCAUGCUUGGACACGGAUUGUUCUCUUUGUUGGCUGAAAGGCUGAUGCUUCAGACAAGCUUAAUCACCAUGACCACAUACAAUGUCCUCUUUGAGAUUCUGACUGAACAGAUUUGCACUCAAGUGAUACAUAAACAACAUCCGGACCCAGAUUCAACAGUGAAGAUACAAAAUCCUCAGAUUUUGAAGGUUAUUGCAACCCUGCUACGUAAUUCUCCACAGUGCCCAGAAACUCUGGAGGUUCGGCGAGCCUUUCUCUCGGAUAUGAUUAAACUUUUUAAUAACAGCAGAGAAAAUAGGAGGAGUUUGUUGCAGUGCUCUGUCUGGCAGGAGUGGAUGCUUUCCCUUUGCUGUUUUAAUCCGAAGACUUCUGAGGAACAGAAGAUAACCGAGAUGGUGUAUACCAUAUUUCGAAUUUUGCUCUACCAUGCAAUCAAAUAUGAGUGGGGUGGCUGGCGUGUUUGGGUGGAUACACUGUCGAUCACACAUUCAAAGGUAACUUUUGAAAUGCACAAAGAGAGUCUUUCUCAAAUGUACAAGGAGUACCAAGGGAAAGGAGGUGAAGGGAGUGGAAUGUGUUCUUCAACUUCAAUUAGAACAAUCUCUGGAGUUAGCAAAGAAGCUGAAACCAAGGGCAAGCAACAAUGUUUGGAGUUAAAAGAAGAUGCUACUGCUCUUCCACGCAUUAUUGAUGAUGAGAUGGAGUGCAGUACUGAAAAAAAAGAGACCAGUGCCUCAUCAGAUGGUGACCAACGGACUCAUUCAGUGUCUAAUCACAGGGAGGAGUUAGAGGGGCAAGACAGGGAGACUACACCAGAUUUAGAAGCAGUGCCUUGUGCAGAAUUUUCGCCAGAACCAGAAGCAAUAAAGCCCAGCAUUUCAGAAAUUAGUACUGGAAUAGCUGAAGCAAUUGAAGAUUCUCCAAGCAAAGCUCUUGAGCCUGGGGAAGAAAGAGUAGCUGUCACUGCUGCUUCUUUAGCAAUACAGACCACUUUGGAAGGAGAAACUCCUGAAAGCCCAGAAAAACUGGAAAAAUCAUCAUUGGAGGUGGAAGAUGAAGAUGACUUUGUUGAUUUGAAAGAGGAAAGUAGCAUGCCUUUACCUUCAGAAGAGUUUGCAGAAAUUAACAAGGAACCUAGCUCUCAAAAAAGGAAAGUGACAAAGCAGGAAAAAGCAACAGAGAAGCAACCUGAAUCUGGGCUUUUAAAAUCUGAAGAUACAGAAGGUGUGGAUGGGAAAAAAGAAGAACUGACUUGUUUACCGGAAACAGUGAGUUCUACAGCUGAACAAGUAGUGACUCAGCUGGGUUCAGAAGGGAAAAAGAAGCUGGAGGAAGAAAAGAUUCUUUUUAGUAAAACCAGAACUGCAGAAGAAGAUGCAAACGUACAUGUGCCAGAGCCUGCUGGAGCCUCUGAGAAAAGAAUUGCCAAGCUCGAUGUUUCUAGUGUUGCAUCAGAUACAGAGAGAUUGGAGCUGAAAGCUAACACAUGUCUAGAAGCACCUCUGCCUCCCAGAUCCAUACCUGAGACCUCAAGGCAGCAAGAUUCUUCAGGACAAGAGCUAGCUGCUACAUCAGAUGGGCAGAGAAGAGACUCGAGGUCAACUGUGUUCCGUAUUCCUGAGUUCAAGUGGUCACUGAUGCACCAGCGGUUGCUCACGGACUUACUCUUUUCCAUAGAAACAGAUAUACAGAUGUGGAGAAGCCAUUCUACCAAAACUGUGAUGGACUUUGUGAAUAGCAGUGACAAUGUCAUAUUUGUGCACAACACAAUUCACCUCAUCUCUCAAGUGAUGGACAACAUGAUCAUGGCCUGUGGUGGUAUACUGCCGUUGCUUUCUGCUGCCACAUCCACCACUCAUGAAUUGGAGAACAUUGAGCCAACUCAAGGACUUUCAGUAGAAGCAUCUUUAGCAUUUCUCCAGAGAUUAAUCAACCUUGUGGAUGUGCUAAUUUUUGCAAGCUCUCUUGGUUUCACUGAAAUUGAGUCUGAGAAGAAUAUGUCAUCUGGAGGAAUUCUGCGGCAAUGUCUUCGUCUGGUAUGUGCGGUAGCAGUAAGAAAUUGCUUGGAGUGUCAGCAGCAUGCACAGAAGCCUAUUGGAGACACUGCGAAGAACCAAAAAGCAGUGCAGGGCAUUAUAGGAACAGGAAAGUCUGCAGCAAAGAGUCCAGUGGACAUGGUGACUGGUGGCAUUUCUCCGAUACGAGACCAUGACAGGCUUCUGCAGGAUAUGGAUAUUAAUCGGCUUCGAGCAGUAGUGUUCAGAGAUAUAGAGGAUAGUAAACAGGCUCAGUUUUUGGCUUUGGCAGUUGUAUAUUUUAUAUCUGUGCUCAUGGUUUCAAAAUACAGAGAUAUACUGGAACCCCAGAACGAAAGACAUCCACCAAACCAUAGCCAGUCACUCAAGGAAUUGGAGAAUGAAAAUAAUGAAACUCCUGCUAAAGAUGCAGAAAACCUAUCUGUUGUUCUCGGUGCUUCAGCCUCCACUGAAGAUUCAGAAAGUACAGCGUCUGUCCGAAGAAGGGAUUCUGGUCUUGGGGAGGAACCAGCUUCAGGGCAAGCAAACAGUUCUGAUGGUGUUGCUGAAGCAGGACCGCUGCAUGUCAGUGCAGGUCCGGAUGCAAUCAGUGAAGUACUCUCCACGCUUUCAUUAGAAGUCAAUAGGUCUCAGGAGGGCAGAAGUGAGGCAGGAACUGAGGAUAGUAAGCCUGCAUCUUCUGUGCCAGCUGCAAAAAAUGUCAAUGUAAAGGAUAUCCUGAGAAGCUUGGUCAGCACGCCAGCUGAUGGGACUGCAGUGGAUUCUGCUCUGCCGCCACCAGCCUUCCUUGGAGUUCUUGGUGAUGGAGCUGCUGAGCAGCCUGUACAGUUCCGUUCCUUUGACAGGAGUGUUGUUGUACCACCGAAGAAAUCAGCCGUUUCCUCCUCUACAGCUGCUAUGGGUAUUCCUACGAAUGCUGUCAGUGUGGUUUCUUCUUUAGAUUCAGCCCAAGCCCCGGAUUUGUCAGGUGAAUCUCCUGGAAAGGGAUCAUCUAAUUCCAAAUUGCCGUCUGUCCCUGCAGUUUCUUCAGUGCCUGAGGAUUCCACUUCAAAUAUGAGUAUUACAGACAGGCUUGAACAUGCUUUGGAAAAAGCUGCCCCACUUCUGAGGGAGAUUUUUGUGGAUUUCGCUCCCUUUCUUUCUCGGACUCUUUUGGGCAGCCACGGGCAGGAGUUGCUGAUAGAAGGUACAAGUCUUGUGUGCAUGAAAUCCAGCAGUUCAGUUGUGGAGCUGGUGAUGCUGCUUUGCUCUCAGGAGUGGCAGAACUCCAUACAAAAGAAUGCUGGCCUUGCCUUUAUUGAGCUGGUUAAUGAAGGCAGGUUGCUGAGUCAAACCAUGAAGGACCAUUUGGUGAGAGUGGCUAAUGAAGCAGAAUUUAUCUUGAGCAGGCAGAGAGCAGAGGAUAUUAACCGCCAUGCCGAAUUUGAGUCACUGUGUGCCCAGUAUUCUGCAGACAAACGGGAAGAAGAAAAAAUGUGUCAUCAUCUGAUCAUGGCAGCUAAGUACCGAGACCAGGUGACUGCAACUCAACUCAUACAGAAAAUUAUCAACAUUCUGACAGACAAGCAUGGAGCCUGGGGAAGCUCUGCAGCAAGGUAA